AUGAAGCUGAAUCCGCUCUGUGAGAAGCUAACUGCAACGGCCUGUGGGCUCUUGCUUCUCCUCUUCCAGAUACAGGGCCAAGACUCAGCCAGACCCAUCAGGACAACACACACAGGGCAGGUGCAAGGCAGCCUCGUCCAUGUGAAGGGCACUGAUGUAGGGGUCCAUACCUUCCUGGGAAUCCCUUUCGCCAAGCCACCUCUGGGAUUGCUGCGGUUUGCACCCCCAGAGCCUCCUGAACCAUGGAGUGGUGUGAGGGAUGGGACUUCUCACCCUGCCAUGUGUCUUCAAAAAGCUGACAAAAUAAAUGGACUGGUCAUGGCCCUGUUGAAUCUGACUCCACCUUCUAUCUCUAUGUCUGAAGACUGCCUUUACCUCAGCAUCUACUCACCAGCCCAUGCCCAUGAGGGUUCUAGCCUGCCUGUGAUGGUGUGGAUUCAUGGUGGUGCACUGGUUGUAGGUAUGGCUUCCUUGUAUGAUGGAUCCAUAUUGGCAGCUACGGAGGACGUGGUGGUGGUCACUAUUCAGUACCGCCUGGGUGUCCUGGGCUUCUUCAGCACUGGAGAUCAACAUGCCAGAGGCAACUGGGGCUACCUGGACCAAGUGGCUGCCCUACGCUGGGUCCAGCAGAAUAUCGCCCACUUUGGAGGCAACCCUGACCGGGUCACUAUUUUUGGAGAGUCUGCAGGAGCCACAAGUGUGUCUUCACAUGUUGUGUCCCCCAUGUCCCAAGGACUCUUCCAUGGAGCCAUCAUGGAGAGCGGAGUGGCCCUGAUGCCUGACCUUAUCUCCAACACCUCUGAAGUGAUGUACAAAAUUGUGGCCAACCUGUCUAGAUGUGAGCAGGUGGACUCAGAGUCCCUGGUGAACUGCUUACGGGGCAAGAGUGAAGAGGAAAUACUUGCUAUCAACAAGGCUUUCAGAACUAUCCAUGGUGUUGUGGAUGGAGACUUUCUGCCCAGACACCCACAGGAGUUGCUGGCCUCUGUUGACUUUCAACCUGUCACCAGCAUCAUUGGUGUCAACAAUGAUGAAUUUGGCUGGUUACUGUCCACAGGAAUGAACAUCUCUGACACCAUGAAGGAAAUGGACAGGGAGACCCUGCAGGAUCAUCUGCGGAAUUUAUCAGUACAGUUGAUGCUACCUCCAGAGUUUGGGGACCUAUUGAUGGAGGAAUACAUGGAAGACACAAAGGAUCCCCAGACCCUCCAAGCUCAAUUCCUUGAGAUGAUGGCAGACACCACCUUCGUGAUCCCUGCACUACAAACAGCACACUUUCAAUGUUCCCAUGCACCUGUCUACUUUUACGAAUUCCAGCAUCGGCCCAACUUCUUCAAGGAUAUCAAGCCACCCCAUGUGAAGGCUGACCAUGCAGAUGAGCUUCCUUUUGUCUUUGGAUCUUUCUGUGGCAACAAGAUUGACCUCACUGAGGAGGAGGAGAUGCUGAAUAAGAUGAUGAUGAAGUACUGGGCUAACUUUGCCCGAAAUGGGAACCCCAAUGGUGAUGGCCUGUUCUACUGGCCAGUAUUUGACCAGGAGCAGCAGUACCUGCAGCUGGACCUGCAGCCUGGCAUGGGCCGUGCCCUGAAGGACCACAGGUUUCAGUUCUGGACCAAGACCCUGCCCCAGAAGAUCCAAGAGCUGAAGAGUGCUAAAAACAAGCACACAGAGCUGUAA